AUGCCGUCAAAGCUCAUACCGCAGUCUAAGAAAGGAUAUGACGAAUGGCUUGCUGAUCGUGGGUACUGUCCUUCACUUACUUCUUUGAAGUUUGCACGUAUGUUUCGUUACGAUAUUUUGCAAAGGGAAGAAAUGGUGAAGAAAUACGACCAGUUGUUUAAAACUGCUGGUGUUUCGAUGCUGCAAAGAUCAUACAUCAGAUCAGAAUUUAUGAAUCGUGUUUUCUAUGCUCCACAGCCUCAGAUUGGUGCGUCAGAAAGUAAUAAGGCAAAUUUAUGGUACGUGCCUGGUGUGGCGGCACAAGAAACUGAAUUCACAAUGGAAGUUGGUGCAGCAGCAAUGCGCACUAAGCUUGAACCUGACAAACUCCUCACAACACUUUGA